UUAAAAUGUGCAUCAUAAAAUAACUGAAAUUUCAGCUGAAAGAUAAGUGUUUCUCGGCGGAGCCACCCUUCGCCACCGCCGCCGACACAGUUAGUUUCCAUCGCCAAGCUCUCCUCAUCUAACAAAUACUAAAAACUUUCCUGAUAAUUUGGAAGAAUGACGGCGACGCAUCUUCUCAUACACCCAACUUACCUCCCUCCGCCGCCGGCGAGGCGGCCUCGUCUCCCAAUUCACCGUAACGCCUUCUCACUUCCAAAUAACAAACUUACAUCUCCAAAUUUCGCAUUUUUAAACUCACCCCGGGAAAGAAGUCGCAGGAGUUCAGCAAUCAGAUCACAGUUGAACUUCCCGAUCAUCUCGCCGCAGGACCAAUGGGGCACCUGGACCGCUCUGUUCGCCACCGGCGCUUUCGGCAUAUGGUCGGAGAAGACCAAGAUCGGGAGCGCGCUGAGUGGCGCAUUGGUGAGCACUCUGGUGGGUUUGGCGGCGAGUAAUUUGGGAAUCAUAGCGAGUGAAGCGGCAGCUUACGAUGUCGUUUUGGAGUUCCUUCUGCCAUUAGCGGUUCCUCUGCUGCUUUUCAGAGCUGAUAUGCGCCGUGUUCUUCGCUCUACUGGAACGCUGCUGCUCGCUUUCUUGCUUGGAUCAGUGGCGACUACGGUGGGGACGACGCUGGCUUUCCUGCUGGUGCCUAUGCGGUCGCUUGGUGGAGAUGGUUGGAAGAUUGCAGCUGCUCUAAUGGGGAGGCAUAUCGGUGGAGCUGUCAACUAUGUUGCCAUAUCUGAAUUUCUUGAGACGUCAUCCUCAGUUGUGACUGCCGGACUUGCUGCUGAUAAUGUAAUUUGUGCUUUAUACUUUGCCUCAUUAUUCGCGUUGGCAUCAAAGAUACCUGCAGAGUCAUCAGCAUCCACAGCUGAUACUGAACUUAAUGGAGAGAAAGAAUCUGGGAACAAGCUACCUGUGCUUCAGACUGCUACGUCCCUUGCUGUAUCGUUUAUUAUAUGCAAAAGCGGAAGUCUUUUGACAAAGUAUUUUGGGAUUCAAGGAGGCAGCCUUCCAGCCAUUACAGCUAUUGUUGUUGUUCUAGCAACUAUAUUCCCCAAACUGUUUGCUUACCUCGCGCCUUCUGGUGAAGCUAUGGCGUUGAUACUGAUGCAGGUGUUCUUCGCGGUUAUUGGGGCGAAAGGAAGCAUCAUGAGUGUUAUGAACACGGCUCCCAGCAUCUUCUUGUUCUGUCUAGUCCAGAUCGGGGUGCACCUAGCUAUCAUCCUCGGAGUGGGAAAACUGCUGCGGUUUGAGCUCAAGUCGUUGCUGAUAGCAUCGAAUGCCAAUGUGGGAGGUCCCACAACGGCAUGUGGGAUGGCGACAGCAAAAGGGUGGACUUCUCUAGUUGUUCCUGGCAUUCUUGCUGGCAUUUUCGGCAUUGCAAUCGCCACUUUUCUUGGUAUUGGUUUUGGACAAUAUGUUCUCAGAUUCAUGUGAAUAUUCGAUUAGUUUGGUCAGUACAGUGUAGACUGUAAAGGACUGAUUCUGCUGCCUUGUAAGUACAAUAUAAUUAUCUUCUAUUUUCAUCCAA